GUCACAAUGUUUGUUUAAUCCGGCGAUGCGUGAACGGUGUUUCAACAGACAUUUGAUAAUUCAUAAGUAACCAAUCUCAUCCUAUAUCGCGAUACGAGACUUUUUAUGUGACAUACUUUUCACGUCAUACGUACAAUACUUGUGUUUGACUAAGCUUGGAUGUUUCGCUACUUGAUUUGAUGUCUCCAACUCCUCCAUCCAAACGACAAAAAAUACUGACCUCUACAGAAAACAACAAUAACAAUUUUCAUUCAAAUACCAACAACAACUUGUCAAACGGGAUGGAAGCUAACGGAGAAGUUCCUGAUUUGGACGAAAGUCUUUAUAGUCGUCAGCUUUAUGUCUACGGGGCCGAAGGCAUGCGCCGAAUGGCAACAACAGACAUUCUAGUUAUUGGCCUGGAAGGACUUGGGCUCGAGGUCGCCAAAAAUAUAAUUUUGGCUGGAGUUAAAUCUGUAACGUUGUGUGAUGACACUCCAUUAUGUAUAGCUGACCUCACAUCUCACUACUUUGCGGACCUUAAUGACAUAGGUCAUCCACGUGCUGAAAUUUGUAAGAAUAAGUUAAGCGAGUUGAAUAAUCAUGUGUCUGUCCGCGUGUUAAACAAACAUAAACUUGGUGCUGAAGACUUUAGGAAUUUUAGUGUAGUGGUGCUAAACCAGGGAUCUGAGGACCUGUGUGUGGAGUAUGGAGACAUUUGUCGGAGUUUGGGUGUCAAAUUCGUCGUUGCUUCAACAUGCGGACUUUUUGGCAAAGUGUUUUGUGACUUUGGGACAGAUUUUGUAGUGUAUGACCCAACUGGUGAAGUUCCAUCUUCAGUCAUGAUUCAGCAAAUAGAGAAGAGCAAACAAGGACUUGUAACUUGUUUGGAGGAGACUCGUCAUGGGUUUCAGGACGGCGACUAUGUAACUUUUUCUGAAGUAAAAGGGAUGGUGGAGUUAAACGGUUGUCAACCCCGAAGAGUAACAGUUGUUGGACCUGAUGUAUUUUCCAUUGGUGACACGUCUAAUUUUAAUCCAUACAUAUCUGGUGGGAUGUGUACUCUUGUUAAAAUGCCAUUAAAAAUCAACUUUCUACCUUAUCGGACAGCCUAUUAUUCCCCAAUUUUCAUGACGACAGAUUUCGUUAAAACUGAGCGUCCCGCACAGAUUCAUCUCUUCUUUAAGGCCCUCAGUGAUUAUAAGAAUAGCAACGGAUCUCUUCCUAAACCUUGGUGCAGGACUGAUUCCCGUACUUUUGUGGACUAUGUCCAUAAAGUCAAUAAACAAGUGGAAAGCACAAACGCUUCAGUCUCAUCAAUCGAUGAAAAACUAGCUACGCUCUUUGGAUGCGUUUGUUCAGGUCAAUGUUCCCCCGUCUUGUCUUUUAUAGGCAGUUUCGCUGCCCAAGAAGUUAUGAAGGCUUGCAGCGGUAAGUUCACGCCGCUGCAACAGUGGAUGUAUUUCGAUGCAACUGAGUGCCUCUGGAUGAGUUCAGAUGAAGAUUUCGUAGUCUCAGAGAAUGAUGCAAAACCAAUUGGAUCUCGUUAUGAUGGUCAGAUUGCCAUAUUCGGACGUGCGUUUCAAGAGAAGCUGAAAGGAUUGAAGUAUUUUAUUGUUGGUUCAGGUGCAAUUGGAUGUGAGCUGCUAAAAAACUUCGCGUUGAUGGGUGUUGGUGCAGGACCGUCUGGAAAAAUUGUUGUGACGGACAUGGAUCUCAUCGAAAGAUCAAACCUAAACAGACAGUUCCUGUUUCGUCCAUGGGAUAUCCAUAAAAUGAAGUCAGUCGUGGCAUCAGCCGCUGCUAAAUUGAUAAAUCCAGAGCUUAAUAUUGAAGCUCAUGAGAAUCGUGUUGGACCGGAGACGGAGAAAAUAUAUGACGACGAAUUCUUCGAAAAAUUGGAUGGAAUCGCUAAUGCGUUAGACAACGUUGAGGCCCGCACUUAUGUUGAUCGUCGUUGUGUUUAUUAUCGCAAACCUCUUUUAGAAUCCGGAACCCUGGGAACUAAGGGUAAUGUACAAGUUGUUAUCCCUUAUUUGACAGAAUCUUACUCAUCUUCACAAGACCCUCCAGAAAAAUCAUUCCCUGCGUGCACUCUGAAAAACUUCCCUUAUCUGAUUGAGCAUACCCUUCAGUGGGCACGCGAUCUGUUUGAAGGACUUUUCGUCCACCAGUCACAAGCAAUGAGUUCGUUUUUACAGGAUCCGCCUGGCUUUUUAGAACGAACAUUAUCAAAUCAAGGAAAUCAACCUUUGGAAACACUAGAAACUUUGAAAACAAAUUUAUUAGACAAAAGACCAAGUAGUUUCGAAGAUUGUGUCACUUGGGCUAGAUUACUCUGGCAGGAUUUGUUUUCAAACACAAUCGCACAACUUUUGUUCAAUUUCCCUCGCGACCAUGUCACUUCAACUGGUUCUGAUUUUUGGUCAGGAACCAAACGAUGCCCUCAUCCAUUGCAGUUUGAUGUACAAGAUACAACACAUCUGGAGUUUAUUUCGGCGGCUUCAAACCUUCGCGCUGAAUGCUAUGGCAUCCCUCAAUGUCGAAACCUGUCCAAGAUUUCCGAAAUUGUUCAAAGUGUAGUUGUCCCUCCGUUUGUUCCUCGAUCAGGCGUACGGAUUGAUGUAACCGAGGCAGAGGCUCAAGCAAGGUCAGCUGCACCUAUAACUGAUACAUCUCGACUUGAAAAACUUCAGAAAGCUUUACGUAGCUUCAGCAACACUUCAACACUACAUAUCAACGUAAUUGAAUUUGAGAAAGAUGAUGAUACAAAUUUUCAUAUGGACUUCAUCACCACAACAAGCAAUUUAAGGGCCGAGAAUUAUGAAAUCCCUCCAGCUGACCGACUAAAAAGUAAAUUAAUUGCUGGUAAAAUUAUCCCUGCAAUUGCAACUACAACUAGUUUGGUGGCUGGGCUGGUAUGCCUAGAACUAUUUAAGGUUUGUAACUAUAUUUCACCAUAAUUGUACUUUUCUGUAUUUAAGUGAUUUGAUUUUGUUUCUCUAUGGCCAGUGUUAUUGACAGACGGUGAUAAGUUGUAAAUUGUCAAGUGAUUUGCUAAAAGCUGUCUUGUAUAUUGAUCAAAUGAUAUAAUAUGUAAUUGUCUUUUAGUUGCAGAAACAUUCUUCGUUACGGGAUAAUAUGAAACAAAGUAGCUAACAAUCAGAGUUACUUGUUAGUUAUCGACAUACUGUAACAAUAUUUCCAUAUCUAAGUUUUUUGCACUUAAGAGUCGUUUCCGUACACUAUGUUGUGAAAUCCUUACUAGUUGUAACUAUUUGUUCACUUCAUUUUUCAUGUUACUUUUAGCUUGUUCAAGGACACAAAAAUCUCGAACUGUUCAAAAAUGCUUACGUCGAUUUAGCGUUGCCCUUUACUUCAUUUUACGAACCUGUAGCACCUAUCAAGUCAAAAUACUACGAUACAGAAUUUUCUUUAUGGGAUCGGUUCGAACUUUCAGGUCCUAUGACCUUGCAAGGUCUAAUCGAAUACUUCAAAGAUAGUUUGAAGUUGAAUGUAACAAUGCUAUCGCAAGAUGUUUCUAUGCUCUAUGCAUUCUUCAUGCCAGAAGCAAAGCGUAAGGAACGUCUAGUUAUGUCGUAAGUUCAUUUUAUAGUUUUGUUUCAUAUUUUAUGGAUACUAUAAAUAACCGCAUAGUAUUUAGGUGACAGUUGACCAACGAUGUAUAUCUUUUUUCAAUUAAAUAGUUCGAAAGCAUUUUUUGAGCAGAGAUGGAUAGUAAUGGUGGCCGUCAAUGGAAUAAAACUGCUAGCCACCACCCAUCUCCCGCGAGAAAAUGCUUUUGACUUACUUGCAAUAUCUAGGCAGAUAUACCCAAAAAGGCUGGUCAACUACAGUCCAAAACGUCAAUGGGAAGAUUCAAAUAACCAAUAUAUGUAGAUUAAAUGGUUCAAAUUUACGAGAUAAAUUUGCCGCUAAAUACAAUAUCAAAUUGAUUACUUGUAGAUUAGUUGAUGACCAAACAACUUUUGAUGUGGUAGGUGUUGUUUUCGUUCCAUGGGUUUCUCAGAGUGUAUGGAGUACCAUUGUUGUUUAUUGGACACUACUUAGUUGUCGGAAACAAGAAUUUAGAUUGAAAUGUUGGGAAAGAUUUGAGCUCAGAUGGAUGAUCUCAGUACAGUUUCGUUCUCUAAUCUGGAUGGUUUAGUUCUGGAGCUUUCGUUGUCCUUCUGGAUAACAUCAAUAAAUAAUUCCGAUAGAAGCAAAGUACUCGAAUUUCUUCACAUUUAAUCAACAUCACUAAAAACACAAAUUUAAAUUUUAUUUUGCAUGUAAUUAUUGCACUGUGAAAUUUCAACAGCUUGCUAGUUAGCAAAAUGGUUUUAGAAAAUGUAUGUAUUAAAUACUUGUUGUGUGUUGAUUCUCAGCCACAGUUACCAUGUGUAAAUGAAGUGUUAAGUCCGGAUACAUAUGAGCUGGAUUGAUACUUUUAAUGACAAAGUGUAAUAGUUAAGGAGUAAAAUAUGGUAGUACAGAAAUACAUCGUAUUUUCGUCAUAUUCCUAGAUUAAAAGGAUUGGGCCUAUUAGAAAGGUUGCUUAUUCGUCAGUCAGUCAUAAUCAGCGCAGAACCUGGCAUAUUUGUAUAUCGGUUCAAGUUGCCAUGCCCUAUUAACACAGCAAGACAAAAUCGAUAGAACAAACCCUAGACUAGUAGAAUUAUUGACCAUAAUAAUGGUAUUUUAAAGGAUUAGCUAUCCAAGUUACAAUUCAGGAAAUAAUUAUAGAUUAGUGGGAUAAUUUUAUAAGGUAAUCUAGAAACUUAGGAACUAAGUCAAGACAAGGAGUUAAUGUCCUUGCGUCAUUGGAAACGAUUUAGAACACUGUCACUUAAAAGCCAACCAUUGUUUACGAUGAUCAAGCCUACCCCAACCAAGUAGUCUACAUUUACCUAUAUUAGUCAGUCGAACAGUCAAUAUCUUCAUGGACUGAUACCCAAGUCUUGGUUCGAACUCCGCUAGCUUCUAGAAUACUACGCCAUCCGUUAUCGCUUAUCGAGGUAGUUGGUGGAUGAGGAUACGGAACAUAUGUUCUCACCAUCUCAGUAGAUGUAUAUUCGCUGUAUUAUCUAUCCAUUAACCAUCAUUACCUUGUACUAUGGGUAUAACCUCAAUUGCUAUCUCAUUGUCUUCAAAAUAUACGAACGCUUGUUUGAAGACACAUUUAGUUGAAUGUUAGUAACCUAUAAAUAUCCUUUUCUAAGAAUCACAUUUACCGCCAUGAAAUAGAUUGAAGCAAUUUAGUUUUUAGUUCAAUUGUUGUUCCUGUCUACCAAGGACAAUCAUUCCGAACCAGCCAACAUUUCGCGAAUAUAUUCUCUGUAUAUUUUCAUAUGUUUCACAUAUUUCUGUUCACUCAAAACCUAUUUGACUAAUACGUAUAAUAUUAUGGAGACUGACUGAUGUAUAUGUGUGCCCGAUCCUAUGUUGUAGCCGACUAACUGACUGACGGAUACGUAUAAUAUCAUGAAAGCAUUGGUUAGGGGCUCAAGAUUUUUAUAAUACUCAAUCAAGUGUUAUUAUUAGUAUGAUUAACUUGUCUAAAGUUAGAUGUUUCGAAGUAUUUUUGUAUAUUAAACAUGAACCAUGUCUAUCCUUUCUUUGAAUGUUUUCAUUUCAAAUUAAUAUAAUUACAUCGUAAAUCUUGGAGUAACAUACAAGGAGCCCAUGCCGCUAGUUUGUGGGGUGAUCACUGCGUUCCCUUUCAUUUUUACUUCAAUGUUAAGUGAUUAGAAAAUAUCAAAGUCCCAUAGAAUGAUUACUCAGUUUUCUAUUGCUUAAAUGUGUAUUUUUUUCAGAUUGAAAGAUCUGGUGGAAGUAGUCAACAAACGCAAAAUACCUCCUCAUGUCAAAGUACUGGUAUUUGAUGUCUGUUGCAGUGAUGAGCAUGAUAAAGAUGUUGAUGUGCCAUAUAUCCGCUAUGUACUGGAACCAGCCAAAUAAAGUUCAUUUAUUCAUGUCUUUCUCAAAUAACACAGGUUUCAAAUUGAUGAUUACUCCUUUACGAAACCAAACUAUUUUUCACCCAUUUUAAUUUAUGGAAUAUUCCAAAGACAAUAUAUGCUUUCCCUAUUAUUUGUGUACUAGCUGUGUAUGAAUUAACACGCAAAUAAAAUGAAUAAUUAAUUAAUUUUUAUGUAUUCUGAGAAUACAGAAAGCUAUGGACAUAAUCUUUUUACUCAAUUUUACUGUAUAACAAUUUGUAUAAUCUAAGUUGAUAUUUAUGUCGAGCAUCUGUUUUUUCUCUGCAAUCGACUCAUUUUUCGAAUAGAAAGCUUUAAAAUAUAUGUUUACUUCCGGGUGAUUUAACUUGAUGGAUUAUUUUCUUUAUCAGUUUUCUUUAUUCAAUGUUCUAAUUUCGGAGUGUUAGUUAUCAGCAAUAUUUACAAAUACAUGGUUUACGUUACUAGCA